CACAUCUCGUCAUGCGUUGUGACUUGCACCGAUGGGUCAGAUGACCUCGACGCAGUGACUGCUAGAAGGGCGUGGCUCAAUUGGCCCACCCGGCUAUCGGUCAACUUACAAGCCAUUUUGCGUGUCUUCAUUUCGGCAGACCACUACCGUCCGUAGGAUUUCAGGGCCGAUGGCCGCUGGUGGCACCCAACUUAUCACAGUCCUGUGGAUGGUUUACGUUUGCACUGACGGAAACAGCCAUUCGAUGGAAUGGUCUAGCCGCGAGACUGACUGCCGAGAUAUUAUCAGAUGCAAGCUCGCAGCUGGAUCAAGUUCGUCCUGGCAUAUGAGCUUCUUAAAUGCCGCUACUAUGCACCACUACUGUACACGUGUCGAACUAUUGUGGGUAUUCCACAGUCAGGAUAGAUUUUCGGGUGCCGUUGCAGGCCUGCCCGCUUGGGCCUCCGACUGCCGAACGACUCAUAUUGUUAGGUACUUUGCUGGAUCCAAGGAUUUCCGAACCGUACUCGCGAACGCUAUUUCUCCGUGGUCUCUCUACAUCACGUUAGAUAUUUGAAGAGGACAAGAUCACAAUACCUGCACCACUCGUUCGCCGCCUUGCCAUACCAUCUUAGCCAGCUCUACAGAUACCAGGUCCGAACCGUCG